UAUUUUGCCGCUGCCGGCGGGCGGAACCGUGGAAACAUGGAUGGUUUGGGUGUGGAGGUAAACGCAUAGCUCAGUACUUCAAAGAGUCAUUUCACUAAAUACGCUGACAAUGUCCCGACCCAGAAGAGCGGAUAAGGUGGAGUCUCUUGCGGGAUUCAGGACAGAGAAGACGGAACCGACCGUUCCUUACGGUCUCCUGAAGGCGGCCAGGAAAAGUGGUCAGCUCAACCUGUCCGGCCGAGGGCUGACAGAAGUCCCUCAGAACGUGUUCCGCCUAAACAUUGACACACCAGAGGAGGCCCAGCAGAACGUCUCUUUCGGAGCGUCAGAUCGCUGGUGGGAACAGACAGACCUCACCAAACUACUGCUCUCAUCCAAUCUGCUUACACAGCUGUCUGAUGACAUUAGACUGCUGCCUGGGCUCACAACACUGGAUCUCCAUGACAACCAGCUGAGCAGUUUACCCAGUGCUUUGGGAGAACUGCAGGAACUCCAGCAACUGCGACUCAGUCAUAACCAGCUGACAUCACUGCCAGUGGAGGUGUGCACUCUGCAGAACCUCCGUAGCCUCACAGUCCAGCAAAACCUGCUGGAAAGCCUGCCAGAGGAACUGGGACAACUACAGAACCUGACCGAGCUGGACCUAUCCAGUAACCAUCUGAAGGGCCUGCCAUCCAGCCUGGGCUGUCUCACAUGCCUGCAGAAAUUGAACCUGAGUCAUAACAACCUCAGCUGUUUACCUGACAGUCUGGCCCAGCUCACAAAUGUUAAGCUGCUGGAUUGCAGCAAAAACCAGCUGACAAACAUUCCUGCCAGCCUAUCAGAGAUGCUUGCUCUGGAGCAGCUCUACCUAAGACACAACAAGCUCCGCAUCCUCCCACAGCUCCCUGCACCUGCACUCAAGGAGUUAUAUGUUGGGAACAACCAGAUUGAGCAGCUGGAGACCGAGCAACUGGCCUGCCUGGCAGUCAUCUCUCUCCUAGAACUCCGAGACAACAAGAUCAAAACUCUGCCUGACCAGAUCACCUUACUGAGCACGCUCACACGCCUUGACCUCACCAACAAUGACAUUACCACUCUUCCAGCAUCUCUCAGCCUGCUGCCCAAUCUGAAGGUGUUACUGUUGGAGGGAAACCCGUUGCGAGGAAUUAGGAGAGAUCUACUCAGUAAAGGAACCAAUGAGCUUCUGAAAUAUUUAAGAGGAAGAAUUAAAGAGGAGCCUGAGAGAGCAGAUGAAGGACCUACAGCCAUGACGUUACCCAGCCAGGCCAGCGUCAAUUUACAUAACAUUAAAACUCUCAAGUUAUUGGUGUACAGUGAAAAGCAGGCAGAUGUUAUUCCAGAUGAGCUGUUUGAUGCUGCAGCAGAUCAAGGUGUUACCACUGUUAACUUCAGCAAGAACCAGCUGACCUCCAUACCUCUCAGACUGGUGGAGCUCCACUCUUCACUAUCAGAUGUCAACCUGGGUUUCAACAGACUGACCUGCUGUUCUCCUGAUAUCUGCAAAUUACUGCAGCUGAUACACAUUGACCUCAGGAAUAACCAGCUGAGUGAUUUACCAUCCGAGAUGAAGAACCUAACUAAACUACGCUCCAUUAUCCUCAGUUACAACAGGUUCAAGUCCUUCCCUGAAGUCCUCUAUCAGAUUGCAUCCUUGGAGACAGUGUUGCUUGGUAACAACCAGGUGGGUGUGGUGGACCCCAGUUGUCUGAUGAAGUUGGCUCACCUGUCAACACUGGAUCUGUCAAACAAUGACCUGCUUAACAUCCCCCCUGAACUGGGCCUAUGUUCCAGCCUCAGGUGUCUCAGUCUGGAGGGGAAUCCUUUCCGCACACCCAGAGCAGCCAUCGUGGCCAAAGGAACAGACGCCGUGUUGGAGUACCUCCGCAGCCGCAUACCAACUUGAGCCCUGACCUCAGCUCAGACAGUUCCACCACCAUCAUAAGAACAGACCUUUCUUUAUUUCUCCCUCUCUCUGUGUGUGUGUGUGUGUGUGUGUGUGUGUGUGUGGUCCACAGUAAAAAAAGAACCAAUGUCAAAAGCACUUGUCUUAAUAAAGUUGUUGCUAAGAA